CGCUCCGGUGCGUCUUCUUUUCCGCUCUCGGGCUGCCUGUCAGUUUAAACCGCUCGCGUCGAGUCUCGAACGGGCAAGCAUCAAACAGCCCAGGAGUGUUUGUUAUUUAUUAUUUAAAAUCUCAUUCAGAGAGAGAGAGAGAGAGAGAGAGAGGUGGGCUGGAACGGACACCUGCCUGAGGUGGUACACACUUUGCAUUAGAACUCCGAAGAGGAACCGGUUGAAGUUUUCCUGUCGCCGUCUGUCAGGCUCGUGGGACGUUAUUUAUUUAUUUACUUAUUUAUUUGUUUAUCUCUUUGUUUAUCACUGUUUAAAAUGGGACCGGUUCUUGUCUUCUUCGUCCUCUGUGCGAGUCUUGCUGUCCCGCAUCUCGCCAAAGCAGCAGAGGGGAAAGAUCCACCUUCAGGACCCUGCCACCCAAACCCCUGCCAUAACGGAGGCACGUGUGAAAUCAGCGAGACCUACAGAGGCGACACGUUCAUUGGUUACGUCUGCAAGUGUGCACCUGGAUUUAACGGCAUCCACUGCCAGCACAAUGUCAAUGAAUGUGAACGGGAUCCAUGUAAAAACGGAGGGAUCUGUACAGAUUUGGUGGCCAACUAUUCCUGUGAAUGUCCAGGCGAAUACAUGGGAAGAAACUGUCAGUACAAAUGUUCUGGCCCACUUGGCAUGGAAGGUGGCAUCAUCUCCAACCAGCAGAUCACCGCCUCCUCCACCCACCGUGCUCUCUUUGGUCUGCAGAAGUGGUACCCCUACUUCGCCCGCCUCAACAAAAAAGGACUGGUGAACGCCUGGACGGCUGCCGAAAAUGACAGAUGGCCCUGGAUCCAGAUCAACCUGCAGAGAAGGAUGCGGGUCACAGGCCUGAUAACCCAGGGGGCCAAGCGGAUUGGGAGUCCUGAGUACGUCAAGUCGUACAAAGUGGCCUCCAGUGACGACGGAAAGACAUGGAGGACGCACAAAGUCAAGGGCACGGACGAGGAUAUGAUAUUCCGGGGUAACGUUGAUAACAACACUCCCUCAGCCAACUCCUUCACUCCCCCUAUCGAGGCUCAGUAUGUGAGGAUCUAUCCGCAAGUCUGCAGGAGACACUGCACUCUGCGUAUGGAGCUCUUGGGCUGUGAACUCACAGGAUGCUCGGAGCCUCUGGGGCUGAAGUCUGGACAUGUACAGGACUACCAGAUCACAGCGUCCAGCACUUUCCGAACCCUCAACAUGGAUAUGUUUACCUGGGAGCCCAGCAAAGCCCGUCUGGACAAGCAGGGGAAGGUCAAUGCCUGGACGGCUGGACGUAGUGAUCAGUCUCAGUGGCUACAGGUGGACAUGCUCGUGCCGACCAAAAUCACAGGUAUCAUUACCCAGGGGGCGAAAGAUUUUGGCCAUGUGCAGUUUGUGGGCUCGUAUAAGCUUGCCUUCAGCAACGAUGGAGAAAGGUGGCACAUAUACCAGGAUGAAAAACAGAAGAAAGAUAAGGUAUUUCAAGGAAACUUUGAUAACGACACACACAGGAAAAACGUGAUUGAGCCUCCCAUCUAUGCUCGCUUCAUCCGGAUCCUUCCAUGGUCAUGGUAUGGCAGGAUCACUCUGCGUGCUGAAGUACUUGGAUGCACAGAGGAAGAGUAAAAAUCCCCAGCUCCCAAUUUUUUCUCACUUGGUACACUUAAGUACCAAUUUCAGAUUCAAUAUAAACUUUGCUUGAGCUGUAUAGAGGAUAUCAAUUUCCAAAAGAGUUUGCUUUUUUUUUUGUUUUUCCUUCAAAAUGGUUUGGAAAAAUGAAACAUAUUGGGGUGAGAGUGGUUGCUGUUUAAUGUUUUGUAUACUAAAUUCUGACCCAAUAAUUUUGUUUGUCUUCUGAAUUUCCUGUGCUUGGGAUUGUUUGGUUCAAGUUCAAGAUUUUGCCCUAUGUUUAUAUAGUCUUGCAAUUUCUGAUAGGAUUAUGGGAUUGGGGUUGGGUUUAUUUCACCAUGGCUAAAGCAGUGGGAUGUUAGCCACUGGAUGGUGUCACUUUUAAACCAACACAAAAUAAUUGAUAUAUGAUGCUUCAUGGACCAUAAAACAGCUUUAACUCAUAACUAAGACAAAAUUGAUGAGAUGUUUUAAGCACCACUACUGUAAUAUUAGAAUUUAUGUUUCCUGCUUUGUUUUAUUUUAACACCUUAUCAAAUCUACAAUAACACAAUACACUGAUGUGUAGAGGAAAUAUGAUGCUCUUGUAUUAUAUAUUAAACACUAAAUUACU